GUAGGUCAUAUUUUGUUUAUUUGGCGUGUGUUUGGAGAUUAAAUUUAACCUUCUGUCAAACCAGCUGUGUUUUUUUUUCAAAGGGAUGAAUGUGGCGUUGUUCGCAUUUUGAACUACUUUAAGUGCAGGUGCACUAAGUCGGACCCUAUGUUACACAUUCUAUGAGUAAUGGAUGAUGACACACCAGAUGAAGUCCUCACAGAGCUAAAGACCAGGCAGCUUGGAGGUUGGGGUGUUGCUCAGAUAGCAGCUGGAACUGGGCUCAUUGUCUAUGCAGUGUGGGCGGGAAUCCUUCAGCCAGGCUUCCGUAGAGUCCCCCUAAGGCUACAGGUGCCAUACAUUCCUGCAAGUAAGGCCCAAGUUCAUAAUGUAAUGAAAUUACUUCAAGGUCGAAAGGGAAGCCUUGUGGAUUUGGGUUCUGGUGAUGGCCGAAUUGUCUUGGAAGCCUAUCGGCAGGGCUUCUCUCCUUCCAUUGGUUAUGAGCUAAACCCCUGGCUGAUUCAACUGGCCUGUUUUAAUGCCUGGAGAGCAGGACAUCAUGGGAAAGUGACAUACCGGCGUGAAGAUCUCUGGAAGGUUGACUUGACUGAUUGCAAGAAUGUCACAGUGUUUUUGGCUCCCAGUGUGUUGUCAUUGCUGCAGGAAAAAUUACAAGCUGAGCUUCCUGAUGAUGCCUUAGUGGUAGCUGGUCGUUUUCCUUUCCCUGACUGGGCGCCCUGCAGCACUGAGGGGCAUGGUGUGCACAAAGCCUGGGCAUAUAGCGUCCAAGCACAAAGACAGCACAGCUGCAAGAAGACGAGAACCUGUACUAGUGCAACUGUUGACUUUGACAAUAAAGUAUCCAAGGAAAAAGGAUCCACUUCAGAGCUUAAGCAUCUACACUGAUGUUUGCAGUAAUCCACCAACUUUGAUAAUAAUAUUGUUGAAUAAUAUCAGUGAUAUUAUCAAUCAAUAAUAUGGAUUGAUAAUAUCAUUAGGAUGGCAAUAUUUGUGUCUUUCUUGCCAUUUUGUAAUGCUUGGGGAAAGUAUCCAUCUGAUAUGCUGUAAAAUAUCUGGACUCAACACAGACUGCACUGUUCAAGCUGUUCUCCUGUAAAUGUGUCUUUAAUGACAAGGCCUUCAAAUAAGAAUUUUGACUGUGCAGCCAUUAAUGCAUCCCAUUUGUUUAAAAGAUUCUUCUAUAAUACUGGUGAUUUGAAUACUUGUGAUUAAACUGUGAUGUGAACUGAACUGAACCGCUUUAAUUAAGGUGUUUAAACCAUAAUAUGCACAGGCAUUGUCUCCAUUGACCUGCCAUAAAACCCAUGUAAUUUGGCAACUCUAAUUGCCUGCAAUUUUUUCAUGUCACACCUUUUUUUAAGUCUGGUAAUUAUACAGUAGUAUUACAUAUGAUUUUUUUUUUUGUCUGGAACUGAUAAUUCUGCUUUCAAGCUGAUAAUGAGAGAGAUGGUCCUGGGAUCAGGGAAAAGUUGAGCAAAUAUUGUUAGUGAUUCAAAUGUUCCUCCAAAUUUUUCUUUUUAUCACAUUGUUAUUAUUGUUAUUAUUUUACUGUGAGAGCAUAAUUCUCCAUUCAUCUUAUUCUUUAUUACAGUUUUCAUCCACACCUAAUAACAUCGCAAAGAUCCAAUAGGGAUAAAUGUCAGAACUUUGACUACCCUCUGUUUUUAGCUGAAGUUGUAAUUAUUACCUCAGGAAAGAAUGCACUCUUGAGUGUAGCAUUUAGUUAAAAAAUGUGUGUGGCUAACAAUAUUGAACUAAUAGGAUUAAUAAAUAGAAUGGUUUUGACUGUGUUGAAUGUUUGAUCUCCAAAGUAAAGGUCAAACAAUGUCACCGUCCAUUGGAUUCUGUGACGUGACAUAUGUUACCCUGUAAAGUGAUAAAGCAGGACACAUGGCGCAAACUAUUCCUUUUUAAAAUUGAAGCAACUUUAACUUGUGACCCCUGUACAAACUGAAAUUGAUGUUUGUCACCAUCCUUGUUAUUUUACCCCAUAACACCAUAACAUUUAGUCAUAGAUAGUCCACAAACAGUACCAAACUAUAUUUCUUAAUGACUGAUGAUAAUGUCGACAUUCAGCAAAGGGUGGACCUGUGUCAGGGGGCGACCCCUCUCUGGCAGCAGGUUUACAAAAUAUUUUGCAUCGUUU